AUGAGCAUAUGCCGAGUCGACUCAAUGUGCAAGAAAUACGAUAAGUACGACAUCGAGAAGCAGCAGCGCCACCACCGCAACCCUUACGGCGACGAUGCCUUCCCUCGUCUCUGCGCUCGUGUCAACUACAAAAUUCUGAGCCGCUCUUCAGGUUUGGUUGAAUCGCUUCUGUUCUUCAUUCUAUUAUUUCUGUUUGGUUGCCGAGAAAAUGUAGGAACGGAGAGAAAGGGGAAACAGAAAGGUUCGAGUGUUUGGUGUUUGGUGUUUGAUUGUGUGCUGAAAUGUGCGGAAAGCCGAGAAGGGUGA